AUGCUGCGCCAGGUGUUGCACGCGGGCCUGAGGCACUCCUUCCACGCGCUGGGCCGGUUCGUGGCGAGCCACCCGGUGUUCUUCGCCUCGGCGCCCGUGCUCCUCUCCAUCCUGCUCGGGGCCAGCUUCAGCCGGUACCGCGUGGAGGAGGACGUGGAGAGCCUGCUCGCGCCCAAGCACAGCCUGGCCAAGAUAGAGGGCAACCUCGUGGAGAGCCUCUUCCCGGUGAACCGCUCCAAGCACGCGCUCUACUCCGACCUGCAGACGCCCGGCCGAUACGGGCGCGUGAUCGUCACCACCCGAAAGGGGAGCGUGCUGGACCCGGUUCACCUGGACACCAUACUAAAGCUCCACAGGCGCAUCUACCAGAUGCAGGUGACGGUCCCGGCCACAGGCUUCAACAGCUUCAACUACUCCUUCUCUUACCUCUGCCUCCCCGACGACAAGAAUGUCUGCAUCAUCGAUGAUAUUAUUCGCGCCAUGGAGGAGAUCCAAUCGGCUCGCACCUCCAACCGCUCUGUCCCAGUCCUGCGGUACCCGAUCACGCAGCUGGCAGACGGGCGGCAGGCGUACAUUGGACACCAGCUGGGCGGGGUGCAAGGAUGGGGCCCCAGCGGGGCGGUGCGAGUUCUGGGGACGGGACCCAGGGGUGAAGGUGUACGUUCUGCCCGGGCAUUGCAGCUCACCUACUACCUCCAAGCCCGCGGCGGCCUGAUGGACCGGGUGGCCAGCCAGUGGGAAAAGGCCUUCUGCGCAGAGUUGCAGCACUUUGCAGCGUUGCACCCGAAGCUGGGGCUCUACCCUACCACUUCCUCUUCUCUGAGGACAGACUUCCAGUUUUCUUCGGUGCUGGCACGACGCCCCCUGUUGGCCAGCUUGGGGGUGUGCGGUGUGCUGGCCGUCCUCUGCUGCUCUAUGAGGGACUGUGUGAGGUCCAAACCCUGGUUGGGACUGCUGGCUUUGCUGUCAGUCACACUGUCAGGCCUCACCGCUGCAGGGAUACUCAACCUGACUGGGGCCACCUACAACUCUACAUACCUGGGCAUCCCCUUCGUCAUGCUUGGUCAUGGGCUCUUCGGCUCCUUCGAGAUGCUGUCGUCGUGGAGGCGAACCCGAGAGGACCAGCAUGUGAAGGAGCGCGUGGCGAGCGUCUUUGAGGAUGUCAUGCUGCGUUUCUCUGGAUCCACCAUGCUCCACCUGAUGACCCUGGGCCUGGCCGCCUCGCCGCUUACCAACAUGGAGGCCGUCCGUCUCUUCUGCCGCACGGCCGCCUUAGCCGUCACCAUCAGCUACGUUUACAUGCUGUCCUUCUACAGUUCCUGUCUGGUGUUCACAGGAUACUUGGAGAACGGAUACAGACAUGGCUGCUUCUGCCGAAGAGUCCCGAAACCAGACCAGCUGGACUCGAAACCGGCCUGGUACAGGUGUUUAAUGUACACCCGUUACCAGGACGAGACUCAAACGACCAACCCACCACAUGGGGACUCUCACCUUUUGCUGGGCUGUGUGAGGCGUUGCUACGGAGACUGGAUCACUAACACUUAUGUCAAACCCUUUGUGGUUCUGCUGUACCUGGUUUACAUCUCCUUUGGAUUGAUGGGCUUCCUACAGGUGACCCAGGGUUCUGACCCCAGUGCGCUGGUUGCCAUGGAUACAACAACAGUAAUGUACACCCGUGCCCAGCAGAGAUACUUCAGCUCAUACUCCCCUGUCAUUGGAUUUUAUAUCUAUGAAAGCGCCCCCUACUGGAAUGCCUCAGUGCAGCGGGACCUGCUGGAAUACGCCAAAGGGUUCCAGAGGAUCAGCUGGCUGGAAGCCUACCUGAGCUACCUGUCAGACCGCAACCAGUCCACCAGCCAGCCGAGGGAAAACUUCACCCGCACACUCCGCCACUCCUUCCUCCGCGAGCCACAGUUUGCCCACUUUGCAGACGACAUCAUAUUCGCAGAGCGGGGUCAGGGCGAGGAGCCUGACGUGGCCGCGUCACGGAUCUUCCUGGUGGCCAAGACGACGGAGAACAAACGCGAGGAGAUGUCAGUGCUGCUGGACACGCUGCGACGCCUGUCGCUGACCUCGCGUGUUCGCUUCCUAAUCUUCAACCCCUCCUUCGUCUACCUGGACCGCUACGCAGCGGCGGUGAGCUCCCCCCUCAGACACUCACUGCUGGCGGUGCUCUUCCUGUUGGGUCUGUCCUCCCUGGCCGUCGUGGAGCCACUGGUCUCCGUGUGGCUGGGCCUUACUCUGCUCUCCGUGCAGUUCGGGGUGCUGGGCUUCAUGACCUUAUGGGGUGUGGAGCUGGACUGCAUGUCUGUGUUGUGUCUGAUCUCAGCUUUGGGGCACUCGGCAGACUGCAGCGGCCCCCUCCUCUGUGGCUUUGCCUCAGGUCGGGGUGAAAGCAGGACUCGCUGGGUGAGAGUGGCGUUGGAGAGACACGGCGUUCCCUCUCUACAGACGCUCAUCUGCUACAGCGCUGCCCUGGUGCCUGUUGGUUCUGUACGCUCCAACCUCACACGCACACUGUUUCGCUGCCUCACCCUCACGGCUGGCUGCUCGGCCUUGCAUACGCUGGCGUUCCUGCCCACCCUCCUCACCUUCCUGCCCCCCUCCAAGAGCCGGGGCCACCGGCCUGGAGGAGAGGGGCAGAGACAGGAGGUGGAGUGUGUUGAAAUGAACGACAGCACCCGAGUGGUCGACCAGAUCACCACUGUCUGAGCAUGGGUCGAUGUUGUGUUUUCGGCCCCCUGGUUGCACUGGUGACUGCCGGUGGGGAACUGGUUAAUUGUAGUGUGAGCAGCCGCUGUGCAUGCUGCAGACAAGAAUGCUGAGCUUUGUGAAGAGAGGAAAAAAAGGAGAUAAAGAUAGGAAAAAGAAUAGAGGCAGAUGGUCAAGAGAAAACAGAUUCAAACAAGAAAAGGAGAGUAGGAGGCUAUCAACGACAAGGAGAGAGAGAGAGAUGGGUUUCCAGUGCAGUGUGUCCAUAGUUAGCUGCUUGUUGCUAGUGCUGUGUGGCAUGUGAAUGAGGUUUUUGCUAGAAUAGCCAAACAGGAGGUGAGGAUCAGCUGAGGUCAGGCCUAGAUAUGAGGUUAUCACAGAGGAAGUGCCACACUUUUCAUGCCCCCAAAACUAGCUUUAGAUCCAGUCACAUUGUUUGGCUACCGCUAUCUGUCCACCAUAUCAAGUUGCAAAAUUACAGCUACAAUGACAUGAGGCAACCAUCUGUAUAACUCAAGUAUUUCUACUUUGUGCUGGACAAAUGCUGGACAA